CACUCCCCCUCCACGCUGCUGUAAAUACUCGUGUGAUGCAACGCGUCAGACACAAGCGCAACUUUUACGCACGGAGCAGCGCGAGGAGCGGAGCGACAAUAAGAGGAAAACUUCCCCGACUUCACUUCGUCUCAUCCGGCCACUGACACCUCACACAGAAUGAUGCUGCAGCACUCGGGUCCCUCGCUGGCCGACAUCAGCUGCUCCGCCCUGGUGCCCUGCCUGUCCCCGCCGGGCAGCCUCACCCUGGACGACUUCACCAACUUCACACCCAUCGUGAAAGAGGAGCUGCGGCUCGCCAUCCAGACCAAGCGCCUGUCCAACGGGCUCAGCGUGGACAUGAGCUCGGACGGGGCCAGCUCCAGCUCGGACCGGGCCUUCGAGGAGCCUGCCCGAGGAUCCGGGGUCAAGAGAGAGUUGGUGGUUGAGGAGCAUGACAGGAGGAAAAGGAGGAGAGAGAGGAACAAGGUCGCUGCGGCAAAGUGUCGCAACAAGAAGAAGGAGAAGACCGAUACUCUGCAGCAGGAGUCGGAGAAGCUGGAGUCGGUCAACUCCGACCUGAAGGCUCAGAUCGAGGAGCUGAAGCAGCAGAAGCAGCAGCUCGUCUACAUGCUCAACCUGCACCGGCCCACCUGCAUCGUGAGAGCGCAGAACGGCCAGACGCCCGAGGACGAGAGGAACCUCUUCAUCCAGCACAUCAAGGAGAGCACCUUACAACUCCACAACAUCACCUCCUCCUCCACCGCCUCCACCACCUCCUCCAUCUCCUCCCUCUCCACGCUGUCACCCCUCGACGGAGGGCUCCUGACCCUCGACCACAUUCACUGUCCCGGUCACCUAUGAGCAGCUCACGACUUCUCUGGGACGAUGCUCCCACCCGCUGCCUCUGAUGUGGCACAGACCGUUUAGACUUACGAGACAUGCCGGACGCCAGCUUCGGACUCGGACUCAUUCAGCAUCCACAUCGCUGCUACAGGGAGUGACCCCCCCCCUGAAACCUGAUUGGACAGCUGACAUACAAUGGACAGCACCUUGACAUGCGUCGCAUGUUUCAAACAGUCAGGGCCAAGGACGAUGCUAAAGCACUAAAAACUAAAUGAUCAUUGAUUGUCUUUUUUAUUUACAGGUAUUUUGAAUAGAUGAAAGUCUGAUUUAGUGUCUGAGUUUUGUACCAAAGUGAUUUCAUGGUGAUCAAGGCACACGGUUUAUCUGUUCACCCACAAAGAACGUAGUUACAGAACGACAUGUGAGCGUGCACACACGCACCAGAGAGUUUGAGCUGCGAGACACUGACUUCAAAAGCAAUGUUGUUUGCGCUUGUUGUAUGAAAAUCUGUAUAUUUAUUAAGAAACUGUCGUUGUUGUAUUAACCCUGUCUGCUCGUCCUUUAUACAACAUGAACUACUACGUCUGCUGCUACCACUAACCACUCAGGUCGCACGCUGGCUGUAGAAGUCGCACUGUAAGUUUAUUUUAUUGCCUCGUUUCACAGCUAACCUCUGAGAGAGUGUGAGGCUGCAUCGACGCCGCUUCGUUUUCCGUCCGGCUCCUUUUCAACGUGACGGGGAUCAAACUGCUCGUGUGGACAGAGAUCGUUUUAGUUUGAAGAUGCUGUUUACAUAUGGAAACACAGUAGUAAGGAUGUAGCCUAAGUCAGGUUGUGGGCUGUCAACCACAGUAGCAGUAACAGUUGCAAAAGGGAAAUUUAAUUUGCAGGCAGGGUUUGUGAUUGUGCACCUAACACACAGUAUAAAUGCCGAUAUACUCCUAUAUGCAGACGAUACUUUACUUUACUUAAAUGUUGGAGAUGUGCCGUAGGGAAGAUUGUCGUGUAAUUUCACAAGUACACUUUAAUUAUCACUGCGUUCCCUCUUAAACACACCUAGUGUUGUUUUUACAUCCUCUGUGACGAUGAAGCUACAUGAGUGUUAUUUUUCAGACGUGUUUUCUACCGAGAAUCUUGUAUAUUGUAUUGACUGCGCAUUGACUCUGUGCUACUGUAUAUAAACACCAGAUGCCUCCUUUGGUUUUGACAUAGCAAAAAAAAAAAAUAUAUAGGUUGUUAUUUUAUAAUAGUGUAUUUAUUAAAAUUUGUCGGUUUGAAAGUUGUGUUCACUGGAUAUCGUUAGCUAGGUAUCAGAAGUGUUGCGUCACCUUUUGGCCCGUCCUCCACUCAGACUCAUUGUUCUUGUCGAGCACCAAUCACUGCAAAUAAGUGCAAAUUGUCCAGAAAGUGUGUGUGUGCAUGCGAGGCUGAACAACAUCCGUACAUAUUACAACAAGAGAAGGGAAAUAAAUAGGUUGUUGAAUUGUGGAAGACGGUUUCUAUUGUGUAUCGUGUGUGUGUCUGAGAGUCACACGGUCAAAGGGACGCAGGCGUCUGCGUGUGUUCAAAGUGUGUGCGUUGUGGUUGUGGCUGUUAAUUGUCGAGUCGUAGCACUGAGUUGUGUGUAUUCUGUUGUGCCAACUGCUGGAGGCAUCAGCGUCCAAAUGAAUAAACCACAGGCUGUCAGGUAUAAACGCUCCGCUGCUACCAAUGUGUACUUCCAUCUCUGUGAUCCGUCAAUUUCUGUUUUUGAUACUUUGUUAAUUAAAGAUAUGUGUUGAAAUGAAA